AUGUUUUUCGGGGUCAAAUUUCUCAGCGCGGGGAGGAACUAGAGUAACAGCGACUCCAAAAACAAGCAGAAAUCCGAUGCAUGGACACACAGCAAUCUUCUCAACACAGCAGUCUUCUCUAUAAACUUCAUUUAACAGCGCAGGAGAAGCAAAUAUGGCAGAAGAAGGGGAGAUGGAGAGUAUUGUCCCUAGUGCCCUCAACACAAGGAGUGAAACAGGAGCACUAGUGGAGGUCAAGUUUCAGAAAAACCCGUAUCAAACCCAGAAGUACCUGGAGGCAGAACCAAAAGCUUUAGGGGUAACACAGAUUAUGCUGAGUCUCUUUUUCUUGAGUAUCUUAGGUGCGACUUUGAGAGAUCAACACCACUACACAGCCAUCAUCCGUGCUAUCAUUUCUUCAGCUAGCAUAAUAGCUGGUAGUGUGGCAAUAGCAGCACAGAAUCUUCACCUUCCUACACUGAAGGCCUGCUUGGGGAUGCAGGUUGUGGCGUGUGUGCUGUCAAUGAUCUGCUUAUUCAUCAGUUCGAAUGAAAUAGUAGGACCUUCCUUCUUUCGCUACUGCUGGAUUGGCUACCACAAUGGUACACCACAAAACAUGUGUGACAGACUGAUGGCUCUCAGUGAUCAUGUCAUAGGAAUAGAGAUGUUGGUGCAGGCGACUCAGAUUGCUCUCUCUGCAACCUUGGCUGCUUUCUGCUGCAAAGUAAUUCAGUGCUGCUCCCCAAGGAGCAAUGUGCCCGUUAUUGUGGUGAACGCACCCCCAGGUCCUCAGUGAUGACAGAGCCACAACUCAUUUAAUUACAGUUUUGUUUUACACACAUGCAUUAUAUAUAUACAACACAUCUCUCUCUCUCUCUCUCUCUCUCUCUCUCUCUCUAUAUAUAUAUAUAUAUAUACCCCACUUAAAGUUCACAGUACAACCUGAGUUACAUGAUAAUCUGGUCAAGUGUUAAAAUGACCUUAUUGAAAAGAUCAGUAUUCAAUUAAUAUAAUUUCACUCAGAAAAAUCCAGAUUGUAUUUUUUGUCAUUUUAAAAUCAUUCAUAUUCAUGAAUAUACGGAGUCUCUUCUGAUAUGUUUAUGAAACCUGUGGAAGGUAUUGAUGUUUGUUUAUACAGACAAACGCUGUUUGCUGUCAAAUCUUUUUUUCUGACAAUAAUGAUUGUCUGUGUAAUACUGUAAGUUGGACAAAAAAGAUUUUAGGGAAUUAUGAUAUAAUAAAUAAACAUUAGGUUGGGUGGAAGGGUGUUGGGAAAAAGCUGACAGCACCUUAUUUAAAAAAAACAGCAACAUUAAAAUAACCUUCUCUACCUGUGGGUUAAUAAAGUAUUAUCUUAUCUUAUCUUAUCUUAUCUUAUCAUAUCUAUUAUUUCCUUACGUGCAAAUUUACAUAAAGUCGAAUUUAUCUUGCUGAAAUUAUGCUUGAAAAGCUGUCUGAUUCAUUUUUUUCCCAGCAGAUGGCGGUAUAUCUAUGUUUAGUAUCAUGUUUUGCUUUUCUUCAAUAAUGGACAACAUCUCAGAAAAAAAUAAAGGGAAUAUAGUAUGAACUUUC